AUGAGUACAGCAACGGACGAGUUGUUUAACCAAGGUUGGGGCAAUGUGCUGAGUAAUAUCUCUCCAUAUGCAUGGGGAAAUAUGGGCGUAGCUUUUGGCUUGGCUUUCUCUAUUGUUGGUGCUGCUUGGGGUAUCUUCAUUACAGGCUCAAGUUUGUUGGGUGCUGCUGUAAAGGCCCCACGUGUGCGGUCCAAGAACCUUGUGAGCAUCAUUUUCUGUGAAGCGACGGCAAUCUACGGUGUCAUUAUUGCAAUUAUUUUGCAGAGCAAGAUGAACCAGCCGGGACUGCGUAAUGAAGGAGACGACCCGAUCAACGAGCAGGCACUGUACUUUGCAGGCUACGCUGUCUUUGGCUCGGGUAUUGCAGUGGGUUUGACUAACCUUGCCAGCGGGGUAUCUGUCGGUAUUGCAGGUAGCAGCUGUGUGCUCGCUGAUGCUCAAAACGCCGCGCUAUACGUGACGAUUUUGAUUGUGGAGAUUUUCGCUAGUGCACUCGGUAUCUUUGGCGUCAUUGUGGGCAUUAUUCUCUCCAAUAAUGCGGAAUUUCCCAAGUAA